AUGGCGGUGUGGUGCUGGGUGACUGACACUCCAGCGGCAUUCAGCAAACGGGAGCAGAACUGCACCAGCAACCAGGUUCGCCUCCCACGGUCGGCGUGGGCACCCGAGGCUCUGCGGGAGCGGCGUCUCCGCCUGCAGGGUGGGUGGGAGCAGGCCCCGGUCCGCGCGGACACGCCGGGUCCUGCCCAGCGCCCCGGCCGGCCCAGCUCGCCCGGCGUCAUCGGCGCGCGCCACGGGCCCGCCCUCGGAAGUCUCGGCGCCCCCUCCGGUGACGUCACCUCCGCCCGGGCGGCGUCGCGCGCCGAUGACGUAGACAUGGAUCGGCCGGCUGGUCCUCCUGGCGGAGUUCGGGGAUCCCCGGUACCCCAAGGCGAGGGUGUCUCCAAGCACGACAUCCGGCAACACGUCUGGGACUACUUGGAGUCUCACAAUUUAGCCGACUUUCCCCGCCCCGUGCACCACAGGAUUCCUAACUUUAAGGGCUCCUACCUGGCUUGCCGCAACAUCCAAGACCUGGAUGUUUUUGCCAGCGCGCGGGAAGUGAAAGUGGACCCCGACAAACCCCUGGAAGGCGUUCGGCUGCUGGCCCUGCAGAGCAAGAAAACCCUGUUGGUUCCGACGCCCCGGCUGAGGACUGGGCUGUUCAAUAAGAUCACGCCACCCCCCGGAGCCACCAAGGACAUCCUGAGGCGAUGUGCCACCUCGGAGGGCGUGAGGAGCCACAGCCUGCCCGUGGGCCUGGAGUCCAGAGUCCAGGUGGACAUAGUGGUGGUGGGAUCCGUGGCUGUUUCUGAGAAAGGCUGGCGGAUCGGGAAGGGAGAAGGCUACGCAGAUCUUGAAUAUGCCAUGAUGGUGUCGAUGGGAGCCGUCCACAGGGGGACACCAGUGGUCACCAUCGUCCAUGACUGCCAGGUCAGGGACAUCCCUGAAGCCCUUGUUGAGGAUCACGACAUCACGGUGGACUACAUUCUCACUCCCACCAGAAUCAUCGUCACGGGCUGUGAGCGCCCACAGCCAGCAGGGGUCAUGUGGUCCAAGGUCAGCCACGAGAUGAUGGAGAAAAUCCCAAUACUAAGAAGCCUGCGGCGCCGGGAGGAGCAGGCCGGGAAGGAUGUCGCCCUGCAGGAGGGGCCCCGGCACAGUCCCCCGCUGGGCAGGCAGCACGGGGCUCCCCCAGGGGGUAUCAGGAGGCACCAGGAACCCCAGGGAGGAACCUGUGGUGCCCCACAGCGAGAGGACCGCCUGCUGGCUGCUGCCACUGUUUCUGUGGGGAACCUCCCCUUUGAUGCACGCGUGAGUGACCUGAAGAGAGCCCUCCGGGAACUCGGGCAGGCGCCCCUGCAGCUCACCUGGCAGGGCCCACGGCGCCCGGCCCUGCUCCGCUACCAGGACCCAGCCUCUGCCCAGCAGGCCGUCUCCUGCCUGCAGGGCCUGCGCCUGGGUGCCAACACCUUGACAGUGGCACUGGCCAGGCAGCAGAGGGGCAGAUGACCAAGGGGCAGCCACGGGCAGCAGAUGCGCAUGACAGCCUACCCAUGUGGGCUGCUGGAGGCCGCAUGACAGGACAUGGCAGUGUUAUGGCAAGGGCUGUCUGUCUCAGAGACUGUGUCCUGGCUGUUGGCCUGCGAGGCCACGUUCAUGUCACCGUGGCCCAAACAGUUCAGUGGUUUGUUAACACUGGCCCAUGGUGCUCAGGCCUGUGUUGGAGGUAGGGGGUCCCAGACAAGAGCCUGCCACUGGGGGAACCACCUCCCUCUGUUGCCGCCCAGGCUGGCCCUCCCUUGGGACCAGCCUGGACAUGGUCUGGUGGGAGCCCCGGGCCCACUGCUCGCCCAGGACCUCAGGCUCUUGGGACCCCAGGCUCUCCAGGUUUCCCUCCAGCUGAGCUCUGGCUGAACUGUACCUGCUCAGCAGAAGCCUCUCUCCAUUGAUCCAUGCAAAAAAGCCAAAACGAGCAUUUCAUUGGAGUGUUUUUUCUCACCUGGUUGUGCUGAAGUUUGUGGCUGGGGUGUAUUUUAAACCCAUCCUGGUGCCCCAGGAGAGCAGGCCUGUGCGCGGAGACUUCUCGGAAUAUGAGCUGCCCACUGAGGCCUUUCCACUGGUUUCAUGGUGAAAUUGCCAUGGGGACUUGUCUUUCCAGUGGGUGCUAGGCCUCUGGGUGCACCCCUCAGCCUGGCCACCCACCCCUCUGCCUGGCCACCCACCCCUCUGCCUGGCCACCCGCCCC